AUGGUGCAUGUUGUGACCAUGGCUUUAUGUGCACUACUGAAAACCUGCUUCGUACGUAAAGUCAUCUUCAGCUACCUACAGGAGGGUGAAAGUCUCUUGGACUACUUCUACCGACUUAAAGAAGUUGUUACCGGAAAUGACGUAGAUGUAGUUCUGGCGAUCUAUGACAUUGCUACACUCGUGCAGUCGGCUCUGGUACGAGAGUUCCCGAAUCGACUCGAAGGGCCGAGUGUGGAGUCGUCGUUUCUCGCCUAUCACAAGGUCUACACCAGCCAGUGUCUGGACCCGGACACCGAUCCUUCUUCUCACGGCGUCUUGGACUUGGACUCAGAGACCCUUCUUGAAGAUGCUGGUGUUUUGCUGAAGAGGGUGGGGCUUCCUGCCUUUGCAAAGGUUCCUUGUGGAGAUGGUUCGAUUGGGGUAUGGAAGAUCAGCAGUGGCGACCAGCUGGCGGAUGUACUGGGAGCUGUGAGACGGUUAAACGGGUUGCACUUCUCUCAGAACCAACACAGCUGCAGCACCACGUUCAUGCGUGACUUCCUACAGAAGGUGCUGGAUGUGGACCACUACCCCAUGGUUCUGAGGGACACCAUUAUAGUGGAGCCGUACAUAGAUGCACCAGCAAAGGUGUGUGUGGAGGGAUGUGUCUACAACAAAGAGAUCCUCCACUGGGCCAUCUCUGACAGCCUCCACUGGCCGGGACAGGACAUCCCCUUCCAAGGAAGCUACAUGCCCUCUACCCUAUCAGAAGUGAUCCAGAGGCGACUGUGGGGCGGGUUUGAUAAGGUAGUGGGCAGGAUGGUGGAGCGCGGCUUCAACAACCAGUUCGUGCACGUGGAGUACUUCAUUCUGGCCGACGGACAGAUCAAGUUGAUCGAGGUGAAUGCCCGGAUGUCCGGGAAUCUGAGCGGCCUGUACGCGGCCUGCCUGUCGGGACGGGUGCAGCUACAGGCGCUCCUCGGGCUGUGCUGCGGGGUCCGUCCCGCCCUGCCUGUACCCACGGGCCGGGCCGCUCUCAACCUGCCUCUCCAAGUCCACAACAACUUCACGGGGAAGGUCCGAGACAUGGUCAACCUGCUCGAGGCAGAAAUCUUAAAGGAAGACUCUGACGUCAAGAUCACCUGGAUGAUGUCUUUCGAUGACGAGUUUCUCCAUGGUAAGGUGGAGUUUGCGAAGGUUUGGACGUACGGACAGACGCCUGACGACGCCAAGAAGAAGUGCAGGGAAGUGACACAGCGACUAGUGAAGAAACCGGAGCAGUUGAAAUUCAACUUCCCUUAAUCAAAUACAGUAGAAGCCAAUUAAUUGCACAACGGAUAACUACACACUUCUUUUAAUUGCACGGAACUCAAAGUCCGUAAUGAUGCGGUCCAGCUAAAUAACUUCGCUUUGUUGCACCAUCCGGAUAAUUGCACAAAAUGUGCUGGCAAAUGGGCAGUGCAUUUAAACGGUUUCUACUGUACUUUGUUGUAAUGGGAAAAAUAAUACUACAUUGCAAUGAGGCGUUUACAGCUAAGGGUUGAAUUGAGAAUAUGACACGAAUGCAUUUUACUAACACGCUUUGCAAUAAUUGUUAACAUGCUACAAGUAUUACUAUCCUGACUAAAUCGGGCUCCUAGUGGCCCGCCCAAUUGACUUUGGAGUCACACCUAGAGACAGAUCAAAACAGAACAAAAAGUUUUGUAUCCUUGUGAACCUUGAAAUUGUUUUAUUCUAUCUAACCGUAUGUAAGGGUGAAAAUAUAUUGAUGUUGCGUCUUCUUCACGUUCUCCUGUCUAAUCUUGAAAUCAGUUCAUCCCGUCCUUGUCAUUUUACUCGCCAAACGACCUUAUUCGGCACAAGGGUAUAGUUGGCCAAUAUCCUGGACUUGGUAUUCAUCUUUUGACAAACGCCUUACAAAUAAUUUUAUUGAGCUUUUUUUGGGAGGUGGGGGGCAAUUUUUUAAACAAAAAAUGUUUAUUUUACCUUUAUACAUUGACUUACAGCCAAAUGACUUGAACUUUGAUGUAGGGGUGCCUUGUACACAUUUAAUAGCAAUUCAAUAAUUCAAAUUCCUAUUAACUGUGCUCAUAAAUGACCAAUAGACGUUCUAAUAGGAAUUAAAGCGGCAAAACAUGGUAUCACAGCUAGUAAGUCUCUUUCUUGCAUUCAAGGGGUGCACAAAGUGAUACUAGUGUGGUAGAUCUUAUCAAGUUAAC